CAGAAGAACACGUUUACUUUAGAAACCUCUCUUAAACCCUACACAGCCGCUUCUAAGUUCCAACCCCCCCUUCUUCCCUGCCAAUUCCUGCCUACAGAAUCCUCCUCUCCAUUAAGUGCCAUUCUUGCACCAACUGAAGUUUAUUGCAUUGAUAUAUCUCAUGGAUUCAGAUCCUUUGGCUUCCAAUACAACCAAAGCGCCUAGAAAGGUGAGAUUUGCACCCAAAGGUCCUCCUCGUAGAGCACAAAAGACUGUUCUGCCUAAACCAGAAAACAUUGAAGAGGAUGUUGAUGCUGCUAAAGCAGAGGAAUUGAUGCAGCGGUUCAAUGAAGUUUCGGCUAAAGUUAAACCUAAAGCUGAAAAGAAAGGACCUACUCAAGUUGCAUUUGGUUAUGGAGGUUCAUCAUCUGCACUGAAAUCGUAUGGCCCUCUCAAGGGUCAUAAAAAGUUUGACAGCUCAAUCGGUGGUACGGGCGUGCAGCAAGUGCAGAAAGAAUACACCGAGCCAUGGGAUUAUUAUACCAACUAUCCUAUGACUCUUCCCUUGAGGAGGCCCUAUUCAGGAAAUCCAGAACUUCUUGACGAGGAAGAAUUUGGGGAAGCCUUGCAAAGCUUUAGUUACGAUGAAAAUUCCAUAAAACCAGCCAUGGAGCUUGGUCUAAUGGAGGAGAAUCUGGAGGAAAAGAUGUUCUUCAUUCAAUUACCAACAGCCAUGCCAAUGUUGAAGCAAUCGGUUAAAACAGAAGGCAGUGAGGCGAGCAGCUCAAGGCCUUCAAAGACUAAGGCCUAUAGUAUAAAUGAAUUACCUAGGGGCUUCAUGGGUAAAAUGUUAGUGUACAAGAGUGGUGCGGUUAAAUUGAAGCUUGGUGAAACCCUUUAUGAUGUUUCUCCAGGUAUGGAUUGUGCGUUUGCGCAGGAUGUUGUCGCUGUUAAUACAGAAGAGAAGCAUUGUUCUAACAUUGGGGAGCUUACUAAGCGUAUCAUUAUAACACCAGAUGUUGACUCAAUCUUGGAUUCUAUCUGAUUUAUGAUGGUUUGCUUCAGUUAUACAUAUAGCAAUUGGCAUUUCCUAUUUGAAGUUAGAAGAGGUUUCUAUCUCACAUGCGCAUUUUUGAUGGGCCUUUUUCAAUAAAGAACAUUUACCAUAAAUUAAUGAAAAUUCUUUAUUUUUUUA